AUGGCGAGUAUCCAGAUGAAGUUUGCCACUCCAUAUCAGUCUUUCAUAGACACCUCAUUUUUCCAGGAACUGGCUCGAUUGAAGCUUGAAGUUCUGAAGUUGGAUUCAACCCCUAAAGAGCUCAAGAGUGUUAUUGAUACCGCAUAUAUACCCAGAGGUUCAUCGUGUGCGCAUUUGUUUUUAAGCGGUGAGAGUUUCGAUGCCCAGAGUGACCACGGAAACGGUUUGCCAGUAAAGGGUACUUUGUACAAUUACAAUACUGUUGAGGAAUUCAAAAAGCUGGACAAGAACGAAUUUUUGAAUCAGAGGGCAUUAGAAGUUUGGAAUAAAAGCCUGGAUGAUCCGAACGAGUGCGUUAGGUUCUUUAUUAUCAGUUUUGCUGAUUUGAAGACCUACAAGUUUUUCCAUUGGGUGAGUGUACCCUGCUUUCAACUGACAUCUUUAAAUCUAACGGUAACUGACAGUGGUCUGCUUGAAAACUACAAUAAGUAUAAAGACUGGUUUGAUUCGCAUUCUGAGAACUGGUCAUGUCUGGAAGACGAAAGUAAUGAGAUUCAAGUGCUUUCAAAGGCUAAUGCAGCUGGCUGCAGUGCCUUAAUUAUCCGCGAUACCAGUAAGAUAGAAAUGGUACCUUCUGCUCUAGCGAAAAACUUCAUCUCUCUUCUGAAACAUUUUGCGCCAGAAACGGAAACGAUACGAUUGGUCUUGGUAAGAUCGGAUGCUAGCAGCAGUUUUUGGAUGACAAUAGCCCUUGAAGCUAGUCCCGACUCAAAAUCGUCAGCUUUGAAAGUCACAGGAUGGGAAAGAAAUUCUCAAAAUAAACUCACACCAAGGGCAACAGAUUUGAGCUCUCUUUUGGAUCCUCUGCAGGUUGCAGAUCAAUCGCUAGAUCUUAAUUUGAAAUUAAUGAAAUGGCGCGUCGCUCCCGAGCUUGACCUGGACGUUGUAAAGAACACCAAAGUGUUGCUACUUGGGGCUGGAACCCUGGGGUGCUACGUUGCUCGCACUCUUAUGGCUUGGGGUGUACGAGAAAUCACAUUUGUGGACAAUGGACAAGUGUCUUAUUCCAACCCAGUACGACAGCCUCUGUUUACGUUUGAAAGCUGCGGAAAACCUAAGGCUGCUGAAGCCGCAGAAGGAUUGCGGCGAAUCUUUCCUCUCGUUAAAACUAAAGGCGUAGAGCUCCAGGUUCCUAUGAUUGGACACCCGGUCACCAACGAAGCUAGACAGCUAAAUGACUUUAAAAUGCUAGUUGACCUUGUGAGAGGCCACGAUGUUAUAUACCUUUUGAUGGAUUCACGCGAAACUAGAUGGCUCCCUACUGUGCUUGGCUGCGCCGAAAACAAAAUUGUAAUCAACGCUGCACUCGGAUUCGACAGCUAUAUGGUGAUGAGACACGGUGCCUAUUCUUCAACGGAACCGAACCGCCUCGGCUGCUAUUUCUGCCAGGACGUUGUUGCCCCGAGCGACAGUCUCACGGAUCGCACUUUGGAUCAGAUGUGUACCGUGACGAGACCUGGUGUUGCACUCAUGGCAGCAUCCCAAAGUGUAGAGUUGAUGGUCUCGUUACUGCAGCACCCAGAUCGCAACACUUACGAAGCAUCGGCUAAGACUGUCUUGGGUGAUCUUCCACAUCAAAUUCGUGGUUUUUUAACCGAGUUCAAAACUUUACAGCUCAGAAGUCCAUCGUUCCAGGAGUGCUCUGCCUGCAGCAUUUCUGUAGUGGAGACCUUCAAGGAACGUGGUUGGCGUUUUGUUACAGAAGCUCUGAACAACUACAAAUAUGUUGAAGAAUUAUCAGGAUUGACAAAAGUGCAAGAACAAGCAGAAGAAGCUCUCAGAUGCGUUUUUGAAGCUGAGGAAGACGAUAUUGAUGAGGAGGAGCUCUUAUAA